AUGGCAAGUCCAGUCGUAGGUCAGGUCGCCAUUGUCCUGGUAGGCUUCCUCCUCUACCAGUUAUUCUUCCGCAACAAGUCCAAAUUUCCUUUGCCUCCCGGCCCAAAACCUCUUCCGAUCGUUGGCAACAUCGGGGAUCUCCCGCCUCCAGGAACACCGGAUUUCCGACACUGGCUUCCAUUCAAAGAAAAAUAUGGCCCCAUCAGCUCUGUCACCCUGCUAGGCAGGACACUGGUCAUCAUCCAGGACAAGGAGGCUGCCGUCGAAUACCUGGAAAAGAAUUCGUCAAAGACUUCUUCACGCCCCCAGUUCGAGUUUGCCAACAUGUGCGGAUAUGGAACAAUGCUGGCCUUCAUGGAUUAUACCGAUUUGUUUCGCCAGCACCGCAAGUUUGUUCAUCACCAAUUUGGGACAACAGCCCUUGUCUCCCGCUUUAAUGGUGUUCAAGAGAUCGAGUCCAAGCGCUUUCUCAUGCGAAUAUUCAAGGAACCCGAAAGUUUAUUCCAACACAUCAAAACUGAAGCUGCCGCCACCAUCCUCAAAAUCGUCUACGGUUAUAAUGUUGAGCCGUUCGGUGCGGACCCUCUCGUGAGAAUUAUCAACGACGUCAUGGAAAAUGCUUCUCGCGCGAUGCUACCGUUUAAGAAACCUGUCGAGAUUUUCCCUGCUCUCAAGCGCCUGCCCGACUGGAUGCCAGGUGCUGGCUUCAAACGCCUCGCCCGCGAAUGGCUAGCUCUAACCGACGCGUCUGCCUACAUCCCAUACAAUCAUGUCAAGAAGCAAAUGGAGAAUGACGAGGAUACCAAAGAGGCCAUCGUCCGAACUGCACAGAUGUUAUUUACCGGAGGUGCAGACACUACAGUUGCUGCUAUCAUGGCAUUUGUGUUGGCGAUGAUCCAACAUCCAGAAGUUCAGGAAAAGGCUCAAGAGGAACUCGACCGAGUUGUUGGCACCGAUCGUCUCCCAACUUACGAAGAUCGACCCAAUCUACCUUACAUCAAUGCUUUCAUGAAGGAGAUGCUCCGUUGGUUUACCGUUGCGCCCGUAAAUACCGCCCACAAGAACGAUGAAGAAAUCAUCUUCCGAGGGUACCGCAUCCCAAAGGGCUCAUAUACGGUUGCAAGCAAUUGGUGGUUCUUGCACGACCCAAAGACCUACGCAAACCCGAUGGCUUUCGAUCCCGAUCGUUACUUGGCGCCCCGAAAUGAGCCAGAUCCCACAGGCAUGUUUGGCUAUGGACGAAGAAUCUGCCCCGGUCGGUUCUUUGCACAAGAGAACCUGUUCAUCACCGUGUCUCAGACUCUGGCAGUGUUUAAGAUUACUCAUGCAGUCGACGAGAACGGGAAGCAAAUUGAGGCUGUGCUCAAACACACACCAGGCUUGAUCGACCACCCACAAGAAUUUCCCUAUAGCAUUGCUCCAAGAAAUGAGAAGUGCGUUGAAUUGCUUAAAAGAUUGGAGGUGGAGAGCCCGUGGGAAGAGAGCAACGCGGAGGAUUUGGAAUGGGGAUCAUUCACUAAAUAUCAAGAGGAGCACCGGCGCUCUGUGGCUGAACGAAGAAGCAAGGUGUCAUAUUAG